UCACCAGCCCCAGCAAGGCUCCUUCCCAGCUUUCUGUGCACCUCCUGCCUGGCAGAGCACGAGGCACAGAAAGGUCCAUGGCUCAGGUUAAGCACUGCUCAGCAGCAGCCAAACCAUCAGUGGGUUAGCAACAUCAUUCCCUACUGAACCCAAAACUGAACCAGCUGCUGAGAAGGGAAUGAAUUGUCAUGAAUGGAGUUCUCAUGAUUGGAAUGAAUCCCAGCCCAAACCAGACAGGACUCCGAUGCACAGAGCCAUCCCAGACGUGCAGGGCCACCAGAGCUGCUGGGAGGGAGGAUACCAGCAAGGAGAGUUGCUGGAUGUUUGCAAUUGUUUGUGCCUGCUUUGAGUGCUGCCUGCAAAUGCCUCAAUCAGCUCUGUGUGUUCCUCAGGUCAAGGAAAUCCAAGGCAGAAUGUGUACUCUGACUACUAUCAAUGCUACUAUGAAGACUGAACAUCCUGCUGAGAGCUUCAGGCUUGCAAGGACAGGAACCAUCCCUUUGAAGUAUCCCAUCCAUGCUGCCAUCAGUGUGUGGAAACUCCUGCAGUGAUGUGGAGACAAGCCAUGGCAAAAGCUCAGGAGGGAUGUGGAGGGGCUGGCAGCCUGGAGGCCGAGCUCACCUGCCCCAUCUGCCUGGGUGUGUACCAGGAGCCGGUGUCGCUGGCCUGUGGCCACAACUUCUGCCGGCCGUGCAUCGAGGAGGUGCUGGGAAUGCAGCAGAACUCCCAGGGCCUCUCGACCUGCCCCACAUGCAGGGCCCGCCUGGGGCCUGGCAUGAAUCUGCAGAAAAACUUCAAGCUGGCCAACAUCGUGGAGGUCUUCCAGGCCACCGCUUCCAAAGGACAACAGGCUGGAAAGGAAAGCCUCCAACAGGGCAAAGGCUCCACGAAGGGGAGGACGGGCGUGGUUCCCUGUGAGCACUGCCUGGAUGGGUCCCAGCCGGCCGUGAAAACCUGCCUGGUUUGUGAGGCAUCCCUGUGCCAGGCCCACCUGAGCAAACACAACGCCACGGAUUUCCAUCAGGAGCACGUCCUGGUGGAGGUGGGAGCGGGCAAGGAGGAGGAGAGGAGGUGCCGGGAUCACGGUAAGCUGCUGGAGUGUUACUGCCUGGGAGAGGAGAUGUGCAUCUGUGUGCUCUGCUCCAUCGCCGGGGCCCACAAGGGCCACGAGGUCAUCACCAUGAAGGAGGCACGCGACAAAGAGCUGGUUAAACUCUCCGACACCAUGACAGAGCUGCAGGAAUCUAGAAAUUAUUUAGUUACUGCCCUAGAAGAGCUUCAGGAAAGAGAGAAUCAGAUCAAGACCAAUACCAAAACACUGACUUCAAAGCUAGAAGGGCUGUUUGAAAAGAUACAGACAGAGCUUAAUGAGAAAAAGAGGGUAAUCCUGAGAUACCUUCAGUAUAAUGAGGAAGAAGAACUGGCAGUCAUUGCUGGCAUGAGGAAGAAUAUGGAACAGAAGAGAGAUCAGGCUGAGCGGAAUCUUCAGGCUUUGCAGGAGAGAAAAGAGCAACCAGAUAGUUUCCUCUUCUUCAAAGAUCUAAAACUGAUCACAGACAGGAUUGCAAGUCUGGAUCUGAGAACUGAGGAGGUGUAUGUGGAGGAAGUGCAGCUGGAUCAGAUGUACACAAUGGCCCAGUAUGAAACCCAGAAACGAGGUUUUAUGUGGCAGCUGGACUGUUUGCUGUGGGACGUGCGUGGUGAGCGGCCCCGACCCUGCCCCAUG